UGCAUUCCAUUCUUUCCUGUCACUUCAUUCAUUUGAUUUGUCAAAUUGUCAAACGCGUCGGCGAUGUGUCAGUGAGUGAUCGUUGCAUAGUGAUGUUAUUUGUAUCGUAAAUGUUGUGCUGGAGUGCGAUAAUGAGAAAACACAUGCCCCACUGCAUAAUUAUAAAGUGAUGAAAGUGUUUUGAUUUAAAUGUCGUGUUAAAAAAACGUUGUUUUCAUUUGUAUGUCAUCGGAGUUCACAAUAUGGCGGCGGCUCGACACAAAUCACAACAGAAGAACAUUAGUUCUAUAUUUUCCAAGUUGCACGAUGCCGUGUGCCCGACGAAGCUGGCGACGGACAAGCGCACGCUAGACAAGACUUGGAAACUGAUGGACAAAGUUGUGAAACUGUGUCAGCAUCACAAAAUGAACUUGAAAAACAGUCCGCCGUUUAUACUUGAUAUACUGCCGGAUACAUAUCAGAGGUUACGCGUUAUAUAUUCUAAAUACGAGGACAAUAUGCAAGCUUUGAAUAAUAAUGAACAUUUUAACAUAUUUAUAAUUAAUUUGAUGAGGAAAUGCAAGCAGGCUAUUAAGUUAUUUAAGGAGGGCAAAGAGAAAAUGUUUGACGAGAACUCACACUUUAGACGGAAUUUGACGAAGUUGAGUUUGGUGUUUAGUCACAUGCUGAGCGAGCUGAAGGCGAUGUUUCCAAACGGCACGUUCGCCGGUGACCAGUUCCGCAUCACAAAAAGUGAUGCCGCCGAGUUCUGGCGGAGUAACUUCGGUAACAGCACGCUGGUGCCGUGGAAGAUCUUCCGCGAGGAGCUGAACAACGUGCACCCGAUAUCCUCAGGCUUGGAGACGAUGGCGCUCAAGACAACCAUCGACCUCACGUGCAACGACUUCAUAUCCAAUUUCGAAUUCGAUGUGUUUACGAGAUUGUUCCAACCGUGGAGUACGCUGCUGCGGAACUGGCAGCUGCUGGCGGUCACGCAUCCGGGGUACGUCGCGUUCCUGACGUACGACGAGGUGAAGGCGAGGUUGCAGAAGUACAUACACAAGGCUGGCAGUUAUGUGUUCAGGUUAUCAUGUACGCGACUUGGUCAGUGGGCGAUUGGUUACGUGACGGUAGAUGGAGAGAUAUUGCAGACCAUACCACAGAACAAGAGCCUCGUGCAAGCGCUGCUGGACGGGUACAGGGAAGGAUUCUAUCUGUACCCGGACGGUCGGGACGUGAACCCGGACCUGAGCAGCGCGAUAAUCUCGCCCGCGGAGGACCACAUCACGGUCACGCAGGAACAGUACGAGCUGUAUUGUGAAAUGGGUAGCACAUUCCAGUUAUGCAAGAUAUGUGCGGAGAACGACAAGGACAUCAGGAUAGAGCCGUGCGGACAUCUGCUGUGCACACCGUGCCUUACAGCUUGGCAGAUUGACUCCGAGGGCCAGGGCUGUCCGUUCUGCCGCGCGGAGAUCAAGGGCACGGAGCAGGUGGUGGUGGACGCGUUCGUGCCGCCGCGGCCGCCCAACACCACGCAAGACGCUAAAAACACAAAAACGACAGUGAAGGCGGUGUCAUCGAAUUCUUCAGGUUCAUCCGGAUCAUCCGGAUGUAAUGGAUCUAGUGCAGACGUGACCAUAUCGAGCAACGCGAACGGCUGGGCGUCCAGAAACACAACGUUCAACGGACUGACAGAUGACAUUGACGACGCUGAGGACUGGGCGGAGUUCAACGCGGCGACGUCGACGAUAGACGCGCUGCGUCCGUCCCGCUCGCCCGCCGCGUCGCCGCGCCACUCGCCGCGCGCCGCCCGCCGCGCGCACCACGAGAACGCGUACGGCGAGCUGCGCGCCCCCCCACUCCCACCAAGGAAGAGCCUCUCGCCCGCAGAACCCGCCAUCGCGUCCGCGUCCAGUGUGCAGGACAUAGCCAGUGCUUCUAAUCAUGAACCCAGACGACGAUCAUCGUUAGAACCAGAGCCAGAUUCCAGGCAUCGAUUGACUUCAGUCAUCACAGGGUCCACGGAAACCAUCACUGGCAUUAUAGACACGCGGCAUGAGGUGCCACCAGACCCAAGAGCGUUCGAGAAACCCCGUCGAGCCUGCACUCCCCAAUCAAACAGUAGACCUCUACCUGCCCCGCCUGCCGAAAGACCUACAGAAGAACGUCCCACCCCAACAGAACCUAAACUCGAAAGACACGAUCGAGAUAGGUCUAGCGCCGACACUCGAGACAGACCUAGCCCUAUCGAUAGACCACAUAUCGAUAGAAUCGAUAAUCGACACCCACUAAUGCCUCAGGAUAGAUACCCAAACUUAGAUAGAGUCGAUCGACAUUACCCGGAGACACGUCCCUACCCAGAGAGGCAAGAUAGGCAUAUCGAUAGAGUCGAACGGCAUAUCGAUAAUCGACAUUUAGAGAGGGGGCAGGAGCGGCAUUUAGCAGGUAUCGAUACUCGACAAGAGCGGAUAUCGGAUCGGUUGCCGGAUAAACCAGAGAGAUUGGCGAAUGAUUCGAGAUUUGAAAGGGAGAAUAGGGCGCCACCUAGGCAAAGGUCGCUUCCGUCGUCAACUAGUGGAUGCGUAGAACAACCAACUAAAUCGACAACUAUGCCAAAGUUCCCCUCGGAGGAUAUAAAAGAUCCACCGUAUGAGAAUGUUGGUGUUGAGAAAAGCGAAAUCGCUAUAGCACCUAAGAAAAUCAACCCUCUAACGCACGACAAACACGGCAGAAAAUACGGCGAUAACGUAUCAUACGAAAACAUCAAUUUAGACUACAUAGCACGAUUGGUAGGGGAGGGUUAUCCCAAGGACAUAGUGGUUAGGGCCUUAGGCAUCACCAGGAAUGAUCUAGAAAUGGCCUGCGACAUCCUACAUGAAUUCGGGUCUAAAGUACCCAAUAAGUGUUAGGGUUUAAAUAAAUUAAAGAAAAUUUAGUGCAAACUGGUGAGGUGUUAGGCAAAUGUGCCAUGUUGAAAAAUGGAACUAAAAUUAGGAAUGUUAAGUAAUGGAGAUUAGUUGUACAAGUCGGAGUCAAAAGUACCCAAACUAAGGGUUAAAUAAAGGAAACUAGUAAAUUUAUAUUAUCGAAUUUCUAACUUUCAAAACACAAUUUUAUCUAAUAGUCAUAUAAUGAAAAACCAGAAAAUUCACUUUAGGGAAAGUAAAUAUCUUAUAAAAUUUAAAAGUGACUAUGUAAAUGAGUAAAAAUGUUUCAAAUACAAAAAUCGCAACAACUAAAAACGCGUUAAAAAAUCAAAAAUAUCUGAUUUCUUCUAUUCCUAGAUGUCUUUCCACGCGUCCCGAUCCCCGGUAAUCUGAAUCCUGCCAUAAUACAUACCCAUUCACACAAAAUAAUUAAUGUUGAGCAUUUAAAAGACUAUCCGUUCACACCAAUCUCUUUUACGAUCCUUCGCAAAAAAGGACCAAUCCGAACAAAGCUUUUAUGACAUGCUUACAACGGCUUGUUUUGAUUGGUUUAUUCUUGAGAUUGGAUUAAAAUAAAGAUUGGGAUCGUUUUUUGAAAACGUCAUAGUUCAGCAAUGUUCUGUGUCCUUUGACGGGAAAUAUUCAACGUGGUAAGACAAAAUGAAUGACUAUUACAAACGAAUUUUGUUAGGAAGGCGAUUAGGCCUUUGUCACGGUAUAGUACACGUCAUAUUUCCGGAAACCGGGACGUGUGAAAUGACCCUUAGAAUCAAUAACUAGCACUGGAAUGCUAAAUAACAUUCCCCAAAUCACGAUAUUACCAAAUUCCUAAAACACAAUUAUACGUUUGAAUCGAAAUCAAUGCCUAUUGUAACUUAUGUAAAAGACUAAAAUAUUCUGACAUGAAAUACCUAAACAAAACUAAUAUACUGCUAAAUGCAGAUAUUUUUCAUCUAUAACUAAUGGUGCAUUUACACAUUCGUCUAUUCGCGAUUCGCUACCUUUCUACUAUAACGUUUAGAGACGUACAUCCCUUUGACGUGUCAAUCCGUUUUGGUAUUGACGAAAAACAGUAGGAUAUUGUUGAAAAAAAAAUAACAUUUAAAUCAACUAGAAAGGAUUAUUACGUUAAUUAUCAAUCGCAUUACCUAUCAGGUUUUUAAACGAACGUGUGAUAGUAUUAUAGAUUAAAUAUAAAAUUUAAACUAUAGACAUAAGGCACAUUUUUCUAUAACGUAUUUAUUUCACGUAAUGUUAUUCCAAUUUCUUUCUUUAUCAGUAUUCACACGAUAUUUUGUAUAAGUAAAAAUAGCUCGAUGUAAAUAGUUGUAUUAUAAAUACUUAUAUUUUCAUAUAAAUUAGCUUCCUCAUACAUAGUUUAAAUAGACGUAUAUUUUUUCAUUAUGUACGAUUGCGCGGGAGUUCUGACACUUACUUAUGACACUUGCAAUAUUUAAUAUAGCAUAAUCGACCUUGUUAAUGUAUAUAUAAGAAUAUAAUUUCUACAUACUUAUUGUAUCGAAUGUUUUUAAAAAAUAAAAUUAAUCAAAAUUGAAAACUAAUUGUUUUAUCGAGCUUAAAAACAGUACCAAAUUUUCGUCGAAAAAAUUAUUUGGGUAUUUUUCUAAAACAUUUUUUUUUUUACUAAUCUUCGUAUGACUUGUACUAGCUUGCGGAACCGGGUUUUUUUAUUUUUGUAUAAAAAUGCUUUAAUUAUUAAUAAAGAUAUUUUAGAUUUAGCUUGAAAACAUUUUGCAAAGUGUAACUGAGUAAUUUUGAGUGUAACGUGCUUUACUGGAUGACCUGACUGAUUUUAGUUUAUAAUAUAUCUAGUCUUAAUGAUUUGCUGAUUUCACGAAUACAUAUAAUUGUAAUGUUUGUAAUUUAUUACAAUUGUAAUAUAGCGUGUAGACGAUGCGGUCUAGGUAAUUGUGACAUAUCCAUCACAGUCACAUAUUUCCAAAUGGUGACGUUGAUUGGAAAUUGUAUUUAGCAUAAUAGAUUGUUGAGUUUAGUAUACAAUUCAUAAUGGACGGGCUUAACUCACAAAACGUUAGCGUGAAAAUUUAAACAUAGAAAAACACUUUAUACAAAAAUUAAGUGCAAUAUUUGGCUAUCAAAAAUAAAUUGAAAAAAAAAACGAUGUACAUAUUAAAAAUAACCUCAAACUUUUGGCAAGUUCCAAUAAGUCAUCACUACACGUAUGCUUCUUAAUAUUAGUUAUAUGAAAUUAAAAUGUUAAAUGUAGUAAUUAUUUAUAUUUAGUAAAAUUGUUUAUAAUCUCACCGAAGAUAUUUUCUGAAUGUAGAAAAAUUUUAAUGGAAAAGGCGAUUAAACAAUAUCUACUAAAAGAUAUAUAAAAAAAAAACAGACAUAUUACGUGGAUAUUUAUUCAAAUACACCUCUAAAUUGUCUUAAAAAAUUCAAAACCGUAGAAGUUUUUACAGUGAAUUAUUCUCUAAUAACUCAAAAAAAAACGUAUUUACACUGUCUCAUAAAUAUAAAUAUCGCCUUUUUCGAGUGAAAAUGAGAGAGAAACAUGUUUAGUAGAAUUUCAUAUCAAGGGACAAUAUUCAUCGCAGCCUCUAAUGAGAUUGCGUUAGCGGCAACACAAAUCAUUGCACACUUGACGAGUACGAUUGCACAAGUCAAGUUUGACAAAUGCUUCGGCACAAGUAAAGGUUGUCCAAUGCGCAGGCACAAGUAUAAGAUUUUUCAUAAGUACGCAUGCACAAGUAUAAAUAAAUGUUUAGUUGAUAAUAAACAAGAGAUUACUUUGAAUACAAUAUUGGUACAUAUUCUUAUUGGAAUUUAGAUGAAAUUAACACCAUACAGGAUAUUUAAACGUUUUUACACGCAUAUAAUUAAAAAUAAUUGCGACCAAUACGUAUAUCGAUUUAUUAUACAAUACUUUCUCCUUUACUUGUGCAAUCAUAGAGUUCAAGUUAGCAUGUACUUGUGCAGCCGCCGUUAUAAUACAUGCACUUUUACAAAUGUUAGUUGUUACUGGCAAUUGUUUUUUGGUGUGAAAGAUUUUGGAGAUGGCUGACGGAUGUUCUCAAGACAAAAUUUUAUAUUUUCAAUAUCCCUGGCACGCUUUUAUAUAUCAAUUAUAUUGUAAUUAUCUAUACAAUUGCCAAUAUUAAUUGUUCAAUGAAUUUUAAUAACGUAAUAGCAUUUAAGUUAAAAUUGUAAACUUGAGUAAUUUCUGCAAUUUACCUAGCCAGGGAUAGUAUUUGUAAAAAUAUUAAAUUAUCACACUCAGUGGAUGCCAUUUUUAUAAACGUGAUCUAAUUUCAAUAUUUUGAAUUCAAUAUUACCCAUUUUGCUUUUCAAGAUGAAAAAGUAUCGAAUAAGUACUAAAAAAAUAUAAAAUGGCGUUCAGUGUGUUCCUUUUUGAUUGUAGCCUAUUUUGGCGUACUGCAGAAUAAUCAAUUUUAAUUCAUAAUUCACUGGAGUAUGUUGAGUGCAGUGUUACUAUCAUCGAAUAGAGUUGGGAAGGUUAUGUCUUGUUUUACGCUUUAGCAAAAAUACGUUGCAAAUAAAUUUAAGUAAAAAUA